AUGGCAAAUAUAAAUUCGCCGAUUGUUCCGAUAGAGAAAGAUAUAAAUCAUAUACUAUUGAAUGAAAAACCGGUUGUCACUACAUCAUCCUUAGAGGCAUAUAUUCAAUUAGUGGAACCCGUAAUCUUUUUACGAGGGUUUGAAGUGAAUAAUAAUAAUAAUAAUCAGAGAAAUGAUGAGGACGAUGAUAAUACUACACCACCUUGUAUAAUGCGGGGUACGGUCAUUCUACGAUUAUUAAAACCAACUAAAUUGAAAAAAAUUGCAUUAUCGUUCAAUGGAGAUUCAAGAACCGAUUGGCCAGAAGGUAUGGCGAAUUUAGCAUUGAAAGAUACAGGCAAGGUGGUAUUGCAAGAUGAAUUUUGUGAAAAUAAAAAAUUAAUCGAAAAUAAUUGGCCAUUUUUUAACUAUAAAAACGUUAAUUUAUUAUUAAAGAAUGAACAAUCAAAGACAAUUAAACAAACAAGAUUAGAUAAAAUUUUGAGAUUUUCAGGUGCGUCAAUAUAUAGACCUUUAAAUGAUUGUAAAACAAAUAAUGAUAUUACUACUGAUGUUGGAUCAUCAAUUAUAAAUCAGGAUAAUUUAUCAGAUAUAUCUCCCUCAACAAGUAUUAAGAAUGAUAAAUUUUUAGAUAUUGAUAAAACCAAUAAAUUAAACAAGACAAAAUCUUUAAAUGGACCUUAUGAAACAAACAAAUCUAAAGAAACACCUUCUUCUCAGCGUAGAGGUUCUUUUUUUGCAGAUUUAUUGAUAUCUCCAUUUUCCCAUGCAAAUACAACGGCUAAUAAUAAUAAUAAUAAUACUUCAACACACCUUGAUAAUGACAAUGGUGCCAUUGAAGAUGACGAAACAGAUGAUUUCAAUUCAACUGGUGAUAUGUCAUCAUUAUUUGAAAAGGAUACAUUUGUAUUCCCAACAGGCGAAUAUGUUUUCCCAUUUGAACAAUUGAUUCCACAUACUUUGCCUGAAUCGAUUAAAGUCGAAUAUGGUCAAGUGAAAUACCAACUAAAGUUAGAGAUUAAACGUUUCAGUAUGUUUAAAUCUUCCUUUUUAUUAUCAAAACCUAUUCAACUUAUCAGAUCACCAUCUGACACCUCUAUUGAAGAAAGUGAACCAAUCAUAAUAAGUAAAGCAUGGAAAGAUAGAUUAAAAUACGAUAUACUGAUUAAUUCUAAAGAUGUUAUAUUAGAUGCUUUCUUACCUAUAUCCAUACACUUGGCUCCGACAGAUAAAAUUUGCAUGUAUAGAACCAGGAUAUAUAUUACAGAAUCUAUAGAAUAUUAUGGGAACAAAAAAUCUAUUCAUAGAGUUGAAAAGACGAAAAAACAUCUGCUGGCAGAACAUAACGGUCCAUUUAAUGAUCCUGAUAAUAAAAAUUUGGAUAGAGAAAACUUUAGAAAUUAUGGUAAUUUAUUAGAAGAAGAGACUACUGGUGAUCUGAUCGAUAAAAUAUUUGAAUAUCAAGUAUUUGUUCCUAAAAAUUUUAAUGGAUAUAAGCAAUUACAUCCAGAUACUACAAAUGAAGAUAUCAUUGUAAACCAUUGGUUGAAAAUCGCCUUUAGAGUAUCAUUCGUUGUCGAUGGGAAAACUAAAUUUUUCGAAGUAUCUAUAGAUUCUCCAAUUCGUGUCCUUCAUAGACUAUGUUCUCAUGCAAAUACAUUAUUGCCAAACUACUACUCAAAUAUCAGGAUGCCUAAUGAUGAAGAUGAUGAUGCAAUGAAUAGUUCUACGGUUAAUAAUUUAUAUCAUAACUCUAACAUAUUUUUCCCAAAGGAACUUUGUACAUCACCUAUUUUAGACAAUGAUCUGGAUGUGUUUGAUCUCACUAUUCCUUCGAUUUUACAAAACGAUAGACUUCAUCCAAGAGGUGGUUCAAAUAAACAGAAAAAUAAUAAUGAAAAUUCUACUGGUAAAAGGCUAUCGUUUUCGUUGGCUUCAUUGGGAUCAUCAAAGUCAGCGAAGAAUGUCUCUAAUAUCGAUGAUGAUAAUGGUAGAAGACAUAGCAUAGCCCUUAUUAACUCCCCUAGAAUGGAAUCCAAUAUAUAUGAACCUCAGGCCUUGGCGAAGGAAUUGGCAUAUCCCCAAGCUAUACCUGCUUUUAAGUCUACAGUGACUAUUCCAAUACCAAGAUUAGAACCUCCACCACCACCUUAUGUGAAAACCCGUCAUCAUUCUGUUCCACAAGUAUUUUCAAAGAUGUCUCAAUUGACAGAAUCACAGGAGACACUUAUUGGUAAUAACCUUGACAUGCACAUUAAUACUGGUAUACAUUUCAAGAAUCCAAAUCCUUUCAAGAAACCAAACAGUACUAAAUUUGUGGCGACAGAUUCAUCUUAUUCGACAGCUCCUGAUCAACCAAUUGUUCCAAAUUUUACAUUUUCUUUUUCUGAAAAUAACGACAAGACUCAUAGAAGAAAUAGUAUUGCCCAUGAACCAAGAUACAAUACCAAUGCAAGAAAUAACAAUCUUCUAGAAUCACCUUCAAAUUUCCCACCAAACUAUGAGAUGUCAGAGGCUAGUGAUCAAGAUGACCAAAAUGAUCUGACUAUGUUUAAUCUAGAUGAAAAUGCGUGGUAUCCACACCCUUUAAAAUGA